AGUGGUCAUGGACGUCUCUGGGCUUUUGUUCCAUCCACCCUGUGGCGCAUGUCUAGUCUUCGACCCGGAGAAGAGGCUUAUGUAAGAGACCUUUCUGUAUGCGGUCUAGUUCUGUCCACCCCAACUUGACUGGGAGCUUUGAAGCUGGACCGCAGUUGCCAAGUGUGGGGUAAUUUCUACCGAGGACAACCGGCGGCUCGAGCUGGGACGGUGGCAGAGCACAGUAUGUCUCAAGCUGGACCGACAAUUGGGGUAUGCCAGCAAGGCCAGCUAAGCCAUGCCGGAAGAAGGACGUCUUCGUGUGGCUGGCAGGAGCAACAUUGCCUUCAAAUAGCAAGAAUCGUUCAGCUUGUUCUCACCAUCUACUCCCCUCGCCUACCGUGUUUGUAGCCAAGAGCAGCAGCAUCGUUGUCGUCUCAUAUCCAUCGUAUUCUGGAUUUGUUGUUGUGUCUUGUUAUUGUCGUUUUCCGGGAAGAAGUGUGCCGAGCAGCUGUGACCAUGUCCAGCCCUCCAUCUCGUCUCAAGAACAUACUCGGGCACCUCCUCUCGUCGUCAACGCCGAAGAAGGAUGAGCCUCAGCCAACCCAUAACGUUCACCAGCUCUCCCCGACAUUCUUUCUCGAGCGUGCCGCGGCAAUUGAGCCAGAUGCUGAGGCCAUCUUCCAUAUAACGGCGAACGGCCGGACUUUGCGACGGUCCUACAUCGAGUUUGCCGAUAGAGCGCGCGGCCUUGCCUACUAUCUGAAGAAGCAUGGCUUCAAGAGGGUCGGGAUUCUGGCUCCCAACACCCCCGCCUUCCUCGAGUCCAUCUUUGGCAUUGCUGCCGCUGGCGGGGUCAACGUAGGCGUCAACUACAGACUGAAGCCGGAUGACAUCACCUACAUAUUCGACUUUGCCGAGGUUGAUUCCAUCAUCGUCGACCAUGAGUUUAUCUCCUUGCUCGACGAUUUCAGGGCGAAGCACCCCAAUGUGCCUUUCAUCGUCGACACAGACACUGACGCCACUGAAGGCCAACUGAGCGGCCCCUUUGACGACGCUGUCCUGGAGGGACUGCGCUAUGAUAGUCUGCAUGGCAAGGGGUGGGCAGGGCUUCACUCUCAGUGCGACAAUGAGGACGACAUGCUCGCGAUUCCCUUCACCUCGGGAACUACAAGCCGGCCCAAAGGUGUCGUGUACACCCACCGUGGAGCCUACUUGGCUGCCGUCGGAAACGUCAUUGAGUCUGGGUUGAACUAUCACACCGGGCGUUGUAAAUAUCUAUGGACUUUGCCCAUGUUCCACGCCGUUGGUUGGACCUUCCCAUGGGCUGUGACGGCAGUGCGUGGUACGCAUGUUUGUCUGAGGAAGAUCGACUACCCUCUCAUCUGGAAACUCCUGAAGGAGGAAGGCGUCACUCACUUUAACGCGGCCCCGACCGUAAACACUCUCUUAUGCUCCGCGAAGGAAGCAGAGAAAUUGCCCCACGAAGUGCGGGUGACGGUGGCUGCUAGCCCCCCGAGCGCACACCUAUUUGAGCAAAUGACAAACCUCAAUCUCUUCCCCGUUCACGUGUAUGGGUUGACGGAGACGUAUGGACCCAUCACCAAAGGCUACCAUAUGCCAUCAUGGGAGACUCUUCCAACCAGCGAGAAGUAUGCCAAGAUGGCUCGCCAGGGCCACGGGUUUGUGACGAGUCUUCCCAUUCGCAUCGUCAAGACGGAUCAGCCGGAAGGUGUUCUCGUCGAUGUUGCCAAGGACGGCAAGGAGAUCGGUGAGAUUGUGUUCCUCGGCAAUAUCUGCGCCAAAGGUUACUAUAAGGACGCCGAGGCAACCAAGAAGCUGUUUGACGGAGGUGCGCUGCACUCGGGAGAUCUGGCCGUCCAUCACCCAGACGGUUCGGCCCAGAUCCUCGACCGAGCGAAGGACAUUAUCAUAUCGGGUAAGCGGAGCGGACUCGUGCUUCGUCGUGAAGUCGAUGCUGACGUGAUUGUAGGGGGUGAGAACAUUUCGUCGGUGGCGCUUGAGGGCAUGCUCAUCCAGCAUCCCGACCUGAUGGAAGCAGCCGUUGUGGCGGUGCCCGACUCCCACUGGGGCGAACGUCCUAAAGCCUAUGUGACGAUCAAAGAAGGCAAGAGUCUUGAAGGGGAGGAUCUGAUUGCGUGGGCAAGGAACCAGAGCAACAUCUCUAAGUUCAUGGUGCCUCGCGAGGUUGAGGUGGUUGACGAGCUCCCCAAGACCAGCACGGGCAAGCUGAAGAAAAAUGUGCUCAGAGAGUGGGCAAGGGGGCACCGAGAGUGAUGCAAGAGGUGAGAGGUGUCCCGGACGGACUGCCUGACGCUACUGCAGGACAACCGUGGAUAUUAGGUAGAUAGGUGGGUAGUUAGUUAGUUCUCUGGUGAGUGAUUUCGAUUCAAGAGCAGGCAAAGAUAGAGUGUGGUCCUGAAGCAAAAUAGAGAAGAAUCAGGAUACGAGCCAUUGUAAGAUGCCA